CUAAGACAAACCUGGGUGCAGCCGGAAAGGUCCAGAUAAAUGAGCUUGUGGCAUCCGUUCCCUAAAUUCAGGGACGCCUCGAACCUCAGCUGUGUCCCAUUUUUCCUGAACCGCAUUCGUUAAGAUUACUGAGACGGGUUUCAAAGGAAUACUUUCAUUGUUCCAUCUGUCACAGCAAGUAAUUGGGGCCAGCUGAAUGUCAGGAUGCGCGUGGUUACCAUCAUAAUCCUGCUCUUCUUUUGUAAAGCAGCUGAGCUCCGAAGAACAAGCCCAGGGGGUUCAAAAAGCCGAGCAGGCCAUGGCCGGGCAGGUGGAAGGCGAGGCUCCAACCCCGUCAAACGCUAUGCACCAGGUCUCCCCUGCGAGGUGUACAUGUAUCUUCACGAAAAAUACUUAGACUGUCAAGAGAGAAAACUAGUGUACGUGCUGCCUGGCUGGCCUCAGGAUUUGCUGCACAUGCUGUUAGCCAGAAACAAGAUCCGCAUCCUGAAGAAUAACAUGUUUUCCGUGUUUAGAAAGCUGAAAAGCCUUGAUCUGCAGCAGAAUGAGAUCUCCAAAAUUGAGCCUGAGGCUUUCUCUGGUUUAAACAAACUUACCACUCUCCUUCUGCAGCACAACCAGAUCAAAGUCUUGACGGAGGAGGUGUUCAUUUGGACUCCACUCCUGAGCUACCUGCGUCUCUACGACAACCCCUGGCACUGCACCUGUGACAUGGAAUCGCUCAUCUCCAUGUUGCAGGUCCCAGGGAACCGAAACUUGGGCAACUAUGCCAAGUGCGAAAGUCCCCAUGAACUAAAAAAUCAAAAACUGCGACAGGUCAAGUCUGAAGAGUUAUGUAAUGAAGAAGAAAAGGAGCCAUCGGAUCCCGUGUCCCUCGUGUCUGGAAGACCUUCAGUGGAGGACUUAACUCUUUGCCACAAUUACGUGUAUCCCAUCCAAACGCUGGAUUGCAAAAUGAAAGAGCUGAAGAAAGUUCCCAAAAACAUCCCUCCAGAUAUUGUUAAACUUGACUUAGCAUACAACAAAAUUAAUCAACUUCGGCCCAAGGAGUUUGAAGAUGUUUAUGAGCUAAAAAAACUAAAUCUCAGCAGCAAUGGCAUUGAAUACAUUGAUCCAGCUGCUUUUUCAGGACUCACUCAUUUAGAAGAGUUAGAUUUAUCAAACAACAGUCUACAAAACUUCGACUAUGGAGUACUAGAAGACUUGUAUUUUGUGAAACUCUUGUGGCUCCGUGAUAAUCCUUGGAGAUGUGACUACAAUAUCCACUACCUCUACUAUUGGCUAAAGCAUCACUACAAUGUCCACUAUAAUGGCCUGGAAUGCAAAACGCCUGAAGAAUAUAAAGGGUGGUUUGUAGGAAAGUAUGUUCGCAGUUACUAUGAAGAAUGCCCUAAAGACAAACUGCCAGCAUAUCCUGAAACGUUUGACCAGGAAGCAGAGGACGAUGAAUGGGAGAAGACACACAGAGACAACACAGCAAAGAAGCAGAGUGUCCGAAUCACUAUAGUAGGAUAACUUAGACAUUGCUCUAGUUGCAGCUAGUUUUGUACUUGUUAUCCUGGUAUCAGAAACUUAUGUUUACAUUUGAGUUGCCUAUUUAUACAGGGA